AUGACCUCCAGAAGUGUGAAGACUCGAGGGUGUUUUCAGUGUAGCAAGCGACGGAUUGUCUGCGACGGCGCCCAUCCUACCUGCUUCAAGUGUCAGAAAAAGGGGAUUGAAUGCUCGGGCCUCGGUCGGUUCCGGUUCUCCUCAGGCAUAGCUGCUCGUGGGAAACUGAAAGGAUGUGCGAUUCCAGCCACAGUGUCGCCGGAGUCGGAAUGGAAUAAUCAGUCACCCACGGGGGUUCCAAGGCCUCAGAAGAUCCGAUGGAAGGACGAUGGUCCAAAGCGUACCAAGAGGAAACCUGGAACAGCAGGCACAAAAGCUAAAACAUAUCCGACCGUAAACGAGGUGGAGGAUCGCCAAGCUUGGCUUGAUUCUGGAUCUCAGAACAAAUCCGUAGUGCCCCGUGCCAGUGAAAUCCUAGUGGCACCAGAUACACCGGGUGAAGACACUCGGUUCGAAUCACUCGAGUACUCAGAGGAUGUCACCAACCAGCAGGGCCGGCUGGAAUGGCAACGAAGUUCCGACCCUUCCAACGCUGAUGAAGGAGAACGCUGUGAUUACUGGUCGUCGUCAGCUCCAGACUCGCGCAGCACAAUAAUUCCAUGGAUUCCUUUCUUGGGUCCUGAAGACCGAAUGUUCCUUUCGCAUUUCGCCAGCGAAGUAGCUCCAGUCAUGGUCAUCUUCGACAAUGUUUCCAAUGGCUACCGGGAUAUAUUCCUUCCUCUCGCAUGCGAGGAUGAAGUCUUACGUGGCGCGAUUCGAGCUGUGGCGGCUCAGCACCUAGCUCUACGACAUCCAGGUUUCCAAGGCAUGGCAGAAAUUGGCCGUGCAGCGAUCAUUUCCCGGCUUCGACGCGACUCUUUACAAGCAACGUCGCACAGCAUUGUUAAUCUUCGCACGUGGGCAAUCCUGAUUGUGCUGUUAGUGGGUGAAACCAUCACAGGCAGCCCCGAGUACUCUCAUUUGCUGCGCACGCUACUCUCCCUUAUGCCGAGCCUCUGUCAAAUAGAGAAGACGCCAGCCUAUCGCUUUCUUAUACAACAAACCCACAUGUUUCAGUUCCUCGGACAGCCGUUACUUGAUGAAACCCAAGGCGUGGAUGCCCUAGGCUUUCAACUGGAUCACUACCUCGAUUGGACCGACUAUGAACUUCCCCCCGACUCCAGACACAAUAGGGUUCUUUCGGUGGUCAGACAGGCCUUUAUAGAAGCUUCUCAAAUUUACAUCCUCCGAGCUACUACCAACCACGACCUGUGGAACCGACUCGAGAGCUUGAAGCAGUUGGUGUCACGCGUCGACCCUGACGAGCAAGGUGCUCAUGCCCUUGUUUGGAACACCGGCACUAUUUCACAGAACGGAUGA